AUGGAAGAUAAUAAAUGUGAUAAUUACCAAUCAACACAAAAUAGGAUCAACGAAUUAUUAAAAUCACCAUAUGUAAAAUAUGGAACUGAAAAUUUUUUUGAUACCUCUAUGCAUUUAGAUAAACCAACACGAGAGGAAAAGGAAAAAUACCAUAUUGAAUACUUAAAGGAUGGAACGGCUAUAUAUUAUAGACGAAAACCAGGAUAUAUAAAUAAAUUCUUUUGUUGUUUCUAA